AUGAUUGGCCUCAAGGGCACCCUCAAUGUCAUAGACAACUCGGGGGCACUCCUCGUCGAGUGCGUCAACGUCCUCAAGCAAAAGGUCAACAAUGGUUGGGGCAGCGUCGGCGACGAGAUCGUCUGCGUUGUCAGGCGUGCCCGCCCUAUAUCUGGCCAGGCCUCUGCCUCCGCACCGAAGGUACGCCAGGGCGACGUCCGCCGUGCUGUCAUCGUCCGCACGCGUAAGGCCGUUCGACGGCCAGAUGGCCGCUUCAUCCGGUUCGACGAUAACGCUGCUGUGCUACUCAACAACAAGCGCGAGAUGCUAGGCACACGCAUUGGUGGGGUUGUCAGUGCGGACUUGCGUAUGAAGGGAUGGGGGAAGAUCGUCAGUUUGGCUCCCAAGGUCGUAUGA